AAACAAAUUCUUUCAGGAUAUUAAAUCGUUCCAUAGUUCUCUCCAGCAUUGCCGAGCCAGCAUUGUGCGGAGCUAAUUGUUUUUAUUUUCCCGAGGUAUUCUUCGAACUGUUUCCUGCAACUAAAACGGCGAAACUAUUAUCUGCAAAGAAUGGCAAACAUGGACCAGCUCAAGGAUGUCAUUGAUCGUGCCGCCUUGGGCAGCAGGCGUCCCUCGGUGACCUCUACGAUGCUCGAAACGACACUUUUCUCAACAUUUCUAUCUUCAAACAUCCCCCACCUCCGAGCUCGAUUGAUUCCACCGGCUCCCCAGAAACUGAUGUUAAGCACGUCAACACGGAAUCCUUCGCUGACAAAGUCAAACGCUACAACUUAACUGCCGGCAUGACAAUAAAAAUGCUAUCCGGGCUCCUCGGCAGUGUCGAAGGUUCCGGAAAACUCCUGUCGAACGAAUCUUCUUCCACCAAGAUCACUCGAAGCACCAUGAUGUACUCGAUAAGGACGAAGGUCGAGCUAUUAAAAAUUUACGAUGAGCAGCUACAAUCCUGCAUUUCCGAGCAGGCCCUCCUCUCCGCGUCGGACGAGGAAUGUGGCGCGACCCACAUUGUCGUGCGGAUCGAUUGGGGCGCUAAGGUCGUCGUCAGUAUUGAAGACAACACGGAAAGUGAUGGGAACCAGUCGGAGUCAAAAUUGAAAUUGGACGGACAGCUGAGCAAAUUAUUUUCCCAACUUGACGUCGGAGCCAAGGUGGCGCGAGACAAUGAGGUCAAAAUCGACAAUCAAUUAAAGUCAUACUCCGUCAAGUUGUAUGGCGAUAUCAUGCCAAAAUCUGGGACCGGGUGGGAUCAAGUGCAAAACUUGAUGUCUAAUAUUUCUACCCUUUUGCAAGAAUCUAAUCAAGGAAAGGGACGACCCGUUAUGUAUGGGUUAAUUCCGAUUAGCGUGGUUCAAAACAUCUUCAAUGUUCGGAAGUCAAAUUUCCUCUGGAUUCAGAUCGACAAGGAUAUUGUCGAAAGUUUUGUCGCAGUGUUUGAUAAGAUCAAGAAUUUGAAGGAGGUCAUGACCGACUUUCUGGAUGAGAUGGACGUACUUAAAGGGUGGUUAUCGGAUACAGAUAAGAAAACUGCGGAUAUGAUCAAUGAGGCCUUGCAGGAAUCAUGUAAUCAAGAUCGAACUAAAAACUACCUUCCUAGCCGUUCAAAAGGGUGCUUCGUCAAUUGAAGAGUUGGAGAAGCUCCGGAGCAAGUACGCAAUUCAAAAUUGUGACGAGUUUAGGAAAGCGGAAGAAUUUGUGACUAAUCGGGGCCAUGGAAUAGGCUACUACUUGUCACGAGCGAAACUAUUUAUUGCGAAUAAAAUUGAAUUUUUGGAGCCCGGGAAAUCGAUCGAUACCGCAGCACAAGAAUCCAAAGGCUUUGGACGCACGUACAUCUUAAUUUGUGGGAGGGAUAAUGACCUCUUAAAGCCGUCCCAACUGUAUACCGAGACGGUCGCUUUUUUUGUCGAGCUGGCCAAGUCCAGUUUGAAUUCGGCGGUACAUAUUGCCACCAAGGACGAGGUGAAGCCACGCUUCUUUUUUGUGGAUGGCCGAAUGCAUGCAAACCUCCCGUUUGAAGAUGCCCGCCAUCUCGCGGUUCACUAUUAUCGGGGAAACUAUGUGCAAUCGAAAGAUUAUUUCGGUGACUAUAGUACUAUUCCGAUUGUUGGAAAAUAUGAGCUUGUAGACAAUGGGGGGUACGAAGACAUUUUAAUCGCCACAGAUUUUGGCUGGUUUCAACGCAAAGCAAUUCUGGCUUCAUACAUGACGGUCACAAUUUCUGAGGAUGACGGACGCUACACGGUGGAAAUCGUGACCAGUGUGGGCACCGUGACGAACAAGUUCCGUCUCAAUGAGCCCUUCUCAGAAAUGACUGCGGAUGGAUUGACUGCCGAUUCCGUCGUAGUUCGGGAGGGUACUUCGCUUAUCCACGUGCAAACUUUGCAAAAUCCGGGAAGUCAGAGCCCAAAGCGACACACCAUUCGGACAUUUACAAAGAAGGAAAUGGCUGUCCAUUUAACGGCGAACGGCGCCAGGGCCACCAGACUUUUUAACCGGGUGUAAAAAUCCAAAUUUUCAAUAAAGGAGAAAUUCUAGCGAUGUCUAAAUUUGCAUGAUUAAUAUUUUUGCGUAAUAUAAUACACUUAUGCAGGUUACAACAUCUAAAGCUGUAUGUAAUGCUAUUGUUCCGUAGAAAGUGCAUGAGAUGACCAAACGGUCAAAGCAUACAUUCAUAUUUAUUGGAAGUUUUACAAUUCUAAAAUAUCUUAACCUUUUCAAUUAAUGUGUAAAAUAUUUAGUAAAUAAAGAAAUAGGCGUAUUCACGUCGACGUGUUAUUUA